UCUUCCAGAUUCCAAGCUUCAACAUAAUAGUCAAGGGAGACGAAAACGAUAUACGUAAAGUUCUUUUUACCGUGCCAUCAAAUUCAUGCUGCGGUCAUUCGUUCUCAACAGCUUUUCCAAUCUCAAAUACUCACGAACAUUCGCAAAAAUGGCAUCAGAUGCAAAGCGGCUCAAAUUGUCAGAUGAGGAAAGAAGCAGCAAAUUAGAACCACUGAAGACCAGUGGUUGGACAAUGGUUGAAGGAAGAGAUGCUAUUUAUAAGGAAUUUCUGUUCAAAGAUUUCAAUGAGGCAUUUGGUUUCAUGACAAGGGUGGCACUGAAAGCAGAUAAGAUGGACCAUCAUCCGGAGUGGUUUAAUGUUUAUAACAAGGUGCAGAUAACUCUCAGUACCCAUGAUUGUGGCGGCCUGUCGGAGAGAGAUGUCAGACUGGCUACGUUUAUUGAGGGCGCGGCCAAGACGUCGUAAUAUACUGCUGAUAUUCAUAGAAUCUCCUCCUCACAAGUGCUGACUUAUACCUUGAUAUGAGCUAUAAUUUGGACCAAUCAAAAUACAGCAUUUAGUCAAAGAUUUUUAUUGUAUGUUGUUGUUAAUAAUAAUGAUUGUUGUGGU